UCGCAAUGGUCCUGUGUGUAUUUGUGAUCAGAUAUGCUACACCGCUCGAAAAUGUCUUGCCACCUCAGCUGGCUGACUGUGUGAACAGGCUUUCCUCACUAGCAUCCACCACUCCUCCAAAGGCUUCAGGGUCCGUUGUAGACAUCAACGUACUGAAAGAUGCAAACCAAUCAGCUGCCGAACAAAUAGCGAUUGACAACGCUGGAACUGUAAUUCCCAUCCUGAAUACGCCAGAGAAUGUGUACCUCUAUUGUAUCUGGCAGUUCUUCACGAAGACGGACGUGGAUCUCGCUAACGGCCUUAUUGAAUUCAUGGUAUCACAAACAGACAUGAAGCACUUAAGAAGCAAUCCUCAGUACAACCAUCCACGUCCGAACGAUUAUCCACGCGAUUGGUUUCCGCAAACAGGUUUCCGAAUUCGACGGGAAUAUAGACAGCUAUCCAACGGAGAAAGAAAUGCAUUUCAUACAGUUUUGCGUACAAUGAAAACGAAUGGAGUGUAUGACAUAUUUGCCGAGCUUCAUAAGGGCAUUGUGACGACGUCCGCCCAUGGCGGUCCGAACUUUCUUGGGUGGCACAGAGUAUAUUUAGCACUGUUCGAGGAAGCAAUGCGAAGAAUUGACCCGAGCGUUUCCAUCCCAUACUGGGACUCCACCCUCGACAUGGAUAUGGCUAAACCAGAAAACACAGUCGUGUUCUCACCGGAGUUCUUGGGAAACGGUAGAGGACAUGUCACCACGGGACCAUUUGCAAACUGGGUAACCCCUGUCGGUCCACUGACUAGAAAUAUCGCUGCGAAUAGUUCAGUCUUAUUUACCUUAUUUACAAAAGAGAAUAUCCGUAUGAUUAUGACGCGUUGUCAGACUCGCGACAUCACCAGUCCUACUGCGUUACCUGAGUUUGACCUAGAUCAUCUCCACGGUGGUCCUCACCGGUGGAUUGGUGGACAGAUGUCCGGUCUUAAUACAGCUGCCCACGAUCCCGCAUUUUUACUACAUCACGCUUUUGUAGACUACAUUUGGGAAAUGUUUCGCAAUCACCAAAUCCAAGACUGCGGAGUCAACCCCAGCUUUAAUUACCCAGAAGCCACUGGUCAACAUGCCCCUGAAAGACCAAUGGACGGGUUACCAGGAUACGUCAACAUUGAUGGUUAUCAAAGCUAUUGGACGCAAAACUGGUACAGAUACAAACGUGCCCCCAAGUGUCCUAAUUGUGGUUCGCCAUAUUUAACAUGCCACCCGGUCCGCAAAGUAUGCAUUUCCAUUGAACGUAAGCUUACUCCUCAUGAAUUGCCCUCACUACGUCUUGGAUCGACAGAAUCCCUACAAGAUGAAGCUAGAUCGGAGGUCGCAAUGCUGAAUAUUGGUGCCACAUUCUAGGCUACUCCCGCUAAAUCCGGGACGCAGAUGACUCGCAUUGCAAUGUCUAGUCGUGAGAAGAGGACCAUGCCAAGGCAAUAAAAAUGUAUAAUGUUAGAAAAGAUUACAUAACGUAGCACUAUCUCUUGAUAUUGUAAACCAAAUGAGUUCAUCGAUCAAAUGAUUUUGAAGGAACAUUGUCAGCGGUGUAUUUCAGGAGAACGUGUUGAUAGUUAGUGAAAUGCGUUUUCAAUCCCUUUUUCCUAUAUGUUCAUGACUUAAUCAAUGCAUGCGACGUGAUAUAUAAAUAAAUAUUGUUUAAGCUAAGUAUCGUUUCAGCAACUUUGAUAAACUAAAAACCUUUACAUAAGCAUCACGAGAACAACAAUUGUAUCAAACAAUAUAUAUACUUCGUUGACAUUUCCAAAGUAUCAAACCUUGUUAAAUUCAUGAUCGUUAUUUGUGUUAUGUGUGUUGUUAUUGUUCAUUUACCGCAUAUUAAUGCAUCGAGCUGCAUACCAUAUUUUCUGCAUAGGUAACAGAGUGUACCUGAUUGUGAAGUCCGCCGCGCCAUUUAACUAGUAUUCUAACCCAGCGCUGAACAUUAAGCGUCAAUAUAUGAUGAACAUAUUUAUAUUAUUUCUUUAUAUAUAUAUUUAUAUAUUUAUGCUGUUAAUGGAUAUUUUGUAAUAUCUGAUUUUUGUUUUUUAUAGUUUUUUUUUAUGCCAGCUACCGUUUAAAGAUAAUAUCGCGUGUUUUUUAUUUGUCUUAACAUACAACGACAGUCACCACCAUUAUCGACGCACAUUGCUUGACAUCCAGGAAAUCCACGAAACAAGAAAUAAUUGUCAUACUCGAUUUGUAAUAAACAAUUUAAUGUUAUCGAACCACUGUGAAACUUUAUUGUAAAUGUAUAUGUUUAAAUGUUAUUUCCCCCUGGUUUCCAUGAUGUAAUGUGAGAGAUGGCACGAAAGUUGCUGCAUUUAACCUUUUCCAACUCUAAAAUGUUGACAUUAGAACAGGUUAAUCAAAGUCACCUUUUGUUACCAGAACACACGAAAUAUGUUUUUGUUUGACUGUCACUGUUUGAAUUGAUACACGUGUGAAGAGUGUGUAUCGGUUUGAUUGAUGAACGCAACUCUUAUUGUGACUAAUUAUCAGUAAUAAAUUGAAAAGCAGUUGACCUUUAAA